CUCUCUGCGGCUUGCAAAUAGGCGGAGGAUAAGGUCGCGCAUAGCUCGUGACCUCGUCUCAAAUCACGAAGAGCACCAAAGCCCCGACUCGAUCACCGCCGUCCAUUUGAUGAGCUCCUUUAUCAGAAACCCUCGUUCCUUCCCUCGCAUUUGAAGCGCUUCUCCCCUCCUCCCUCUUCGAACUCGAUCGGAGCUCCACUCAUGGCGACUGUGACAUUCUCCGCCGCUUUCGUCUCCGGCGAUCCGCCGCGGCACGCGGCGGCGGCGGCGGCGGCGGCGCUCACGCGCCGGGCACCCGCGCUUUUGCCCGCCGCCGUGCGCGCGAAGGGCGGAGGAUCGUGGGCGGCGAGGGCGACCGCGGCGGAGGCCGCGCCGGAGGCGGGGAAGAGGAGGCCGAGGGGCAUCACGAAGCCGCGGCCUAUAUCACCGGAGCUCCAGGAGCUCGUGGGGGUGAAGGAGAUUCCGAGGACCCAGGCGUUGAAGCUGAUUUGGGCGUACAUCAAGGAGAACAAUCUCCAGGACCCAGAGAACAAAAGGAUAGUAGUCUGUGAUGAGAAGCUGAAGAAGAUAUUUGGAGGAAAGGAUCGCGUUGGGUUUCUUGAGAUCUCAGGGUUGCUUAAUCCUCACUUCAUGAAGUAACAAAAUGUAAGAUAAAUUCGUAUCGUAGUCCUUUUUUUUAUCUGCUUUUCGAGAGCAGUUCACUGGGCUACAUGAGCCAUGGCUAUAACUAAAGCAUUCAUGCUGCAUCAUCUAAUUUCUACUACUGAAGCCAUGGCAUUAUCUUCGUCAUUGCGCAAGAAUAGGUCGAUAUUUUGCUCUGCGUGUACUGCAUAACAGUAGAAAAUAGUCAAGUGUAAAAUAUGAGAAGAGAAAGGAAUUUAGAUGCAUCACCUAUUUUUGAGCAUAUAUAUGUCAAAUUACCAUCUUUGUAUCUCUGGGUUUUUUUUUUUGUGGCAAUUGUAAUGUUGUUAGUUCUGAUGA